UUAAAAUCGGACCCUAUGAGAGGCAUGCGGCGUGACAGGUGGAGCUUGAGAGUGAAAUGAAUGAUGAUGCCGAAAGAUAUAUGACUAGUGCUCGUCGGACACUUUUCUCCCCCCCCUCCGCCCCACUUUCUCCGUAACCUAAACGGCCCUUAGCAGGCAGAUUAGAUAGAACAGAGAAAGGGGAAAAUGUCGUACAUGCGCGGAGACUUGCUAUCCAGGACAAGGAAGUUGGCGAAGGGUCUCGCAAAGCCUACCCCGGUGUGGUUUAAACCCAUGGAAGAGGCGCCGCCGGUGACAUUCCCACGGACGGAUGGGAAGAUCAGGAAGAUUGAAAUGCCGGAGGAUGUAUAUGUCAAGAGAUUCUUCAAGAAGCAUCCGGAUUCUCUCGACCAUGAUGCUGUCAAGAUAAGUGGUUUUGAUCCUCCUCCAGCACGAGUUUUUGCUUGGCGUGUUUUGGAGCUCAAGGGACAAGGUGUUAGUGAAGAGGAAGCCAUGGCUGUAGCUGAUAAGAUGAAAGCAGAAAAAGUUGCAGAGAUGCAAGAAGGACAAAGAGAGUUUGGCAAUGGCAGGGGUGGUGGUGGUCAGCGUGGUGGAUGGAAAGGUGGCCAGCAUCAGUAA